ACCUCCGACUCCAAAAAGGCAGCGCUGCAAUCGCAAAGGUCGGCGGCAGAGGCGGCAGCAGGAUUAUGGUGCGCAGGUUCUUGGUGACGGUGCGGAUUCGGCGUGCGGGCUGCCCGGUGCUAGUGAGGACUUUCGUGGUGCAGAUCGCGCGGCCCUCUGGAGAGGGGGCACCCCGGAGUGUGCGGGCCGCUGUGGGCCUCGUGCUGAUGCUAGUGAGGAACCAGCUCAGAGCACGGCAGCCGCAUCCCAGAAGAUCAGGUCAUGAUGAUGGGCAGCGUCCGCGUGGCCAAGCUGCUGCUGCUCCACGGUGCGGAUCCCAACUGCGCCGACCCGGCCACCCUCACCCGACCCGUGCACGACGCUGCCCGGGAGGGCUUCCUGGACACGCUGGAGGCGCUGCAUCAGGCCGGCGCGCGCCUGGAUGUGCGCGAUGCCUGGGGUCGCCUGCCCGUGGACCUGGCUGAGGCGUGUGGCCACCAGGAUGUGGUCAGUU